GCCUAUUUGUUUACUCGUUUACAUAUUUAUUAAGUUUUCCAUUUUUCCCUUUUCUGCGAAGUAAAUUUUGCACCCCCACGCGCGCCUCGCCUUUUUAUUCCCAAAACAACUGCCAGCAACUCAGUUUUAACGACAAAAUGGAGUCUUCCGAGGCACAAAGUUUAAAAGUUGUGCAGAGCAACCCGAAUGAACAGAGUGCGUACAAAGACACACACACCACGGCGCUGCCAGAAAACUACAAUGAAUCUGCCAACAAUGUAGGCAAAACGAAUCCAUUGGAAGGGUAUUACACAGUGGCACAGGACGAUAGCACACCAAUAGAUGCUAACAAUAUUCCCUAUAUAAUUCCUGAGAUGAAUGAAUCCGGGAUGACCGUCGACCCAACGGCCAUGCAAGCGGCUGCCGCGAUCAACCAAAGUAUGAUGUACCAGAACCAUGGCAUUCCAGCGGAUUACCCCUACCAAAUGUUUAACGGAGCAAACCCAAUGUAUGGUGGAAUUCCCCAGUAUUAUGGAGGUGUGAACAUGCCAAUGAACCCUUACUAUGACCCGUACGGAAUUAUUAACCCUUUAUCGUGUGCACCCCUAAACUUAGAAAAGAACAAAAAGAGGAGCAAGAAGUUUUACUGUUGCUGAAAAUGUCGCUUGAGGAAAAUCAUUAUUUUUUUGUCUUUUGCGCAAAUAAAACGAGCUCCUGUGACUGCAUGGGAAUUAAAAUUGUUCGUUUUUUUAAAACAUAUGUUGUAUCUUCGCAACGUUCUCCCCCGUUCGAUGUUGCGCACUGCGUAACUCUGAGCACAUGUGUUCAACCAGGUUUGCUAAAAGCAUGGAGAGGCAUACUUAGCCUUGCGCAAAAUUUACGUUAAAGUAAAAGAAAAAGAAAACAGCACACAUGUGUGAGAUUACAUAUUUAUACACACCUCAGUGUGACCACCCCUUAUGUAAAGCCUCACAG